UGUCUCUGUUUUCUUUCAACUUUUAUCCCUUUUGUUAAAAUAAAAAGGUUACGAACUAUAAUUAUAUUGUUUAUUAGAGAAAUUCAUUGAUCAAAAAAGUCUAAAUCUAUCAAAAAAUUUCAUACUGCUAGCUUUUGUAAUGUUCUUAUUCGGAUAAAUUGAAAAAAGAAAAAAAUCCCAAUAUACAGAGAGAAAUUAUAAUUUUCAAAAAUGAAUAGGAAAAUCUAUAAAUAGAAUAUAAUAUAAGGGUUAAAUUUGAAAUUUACCCUUUUUGUAAAAUUGUACGAAACGAAGUGCCUGGACUCCGAAGUCUGAAGCAGUAGGGGCUUUGGCGCGCAGGGUUGCCAGCUCCUCCGUCAACAAAAGCGGUACUUUUGAAGCUUCAUGGCAAAGAAGCUCAAAACCCCUUUUUAUCUGAUCACAGCCACUGGCCUCACUCUCCAUCUCUACAACCCUCAUUUGCUCUCCGAUUCCUCCAACUUUCCCGAGAAAAUCCGUACGGCAUUCCAUGGCGUUCUUCGCUCCUCUCGUGCAAUCUCUACCAUCGCUGUUGUUGCUGUGGACUACAAGUAUUCUUUACAUGGACUGCCAGUUGACUCCAACAAUUAUCGUGAGAAAGUUUCCGAGGUUCAUUCACGCUCAGCGAAGAGAAUGCUGAAAUUAUGCGAGGUCAAUAAAGGCUUUUAUGUUAAAGCUGGUCAGUUUGUAGCUUCACUGCGGCAGGUUCCAAAAGAAUAUUCAUCAGUUCUUUGUUCAUUACAGGAUCAGGUGAUUCCCUGUCAUUUUAAAGCUAUUAAAGAAGUGCUAAUUCGCAAUCUGGGACAUGAUUUGCCAGAGAUAUUUGUGUCACUUGAUGAACAUCCAAUAGCUGCUGCAUCUAUUGCACAAGUACACCGAGCAGUUUUGAAGGAUUGUCAAGAAGUGGCAGUCAAGGUGCAAUACCCUUGGUUGGAGCAACAGAUGAAGAUAGAUACAACAACCAUGUAUUUUCUUUCGAGGUCCCUUGAAUGGUUUUUCCCAGAAUACAGGUUUAAAUGGUUAGUGACAGGUUUUGUGGAGGCUAUAUCUCUGGAACUUGACUUUGUUCAGGAGGCAAGAAAUUCUGAGAGAACUUUUAACAACUUCAGAAACAACAAGAUGGUGAAAGUUCCUCAUAUAUAUUGGGAUUUGACAACAAAUCAGGUUCUGACUAUGGAAUUUUGCAAGGGAUGUAAGGUUGAUGAUGUGGUAUCUCUGAAGAAAAGUGGAAUUGAUCCAGUCAAGGUGGCAAAAGUGUUAGUGGAAAUGUUUGCUGAAAUGAUCUUUGUCCAUGGUUUUCUGCAUGGUGAUCCACACCCUGGUAAUAUAUUAGUUUCUUCCGAAGGUCAGCAUGGCUUUUCAUUGGUUCUUCUUGAUCAUGGAAUUUACAAAGAAUUGGAUGAAGGAUUUAGACUGAAUUAUUGCCAGCUUUGGGAAGCUUUGAUUCUUCUGAACUCCAAAAAAAUACAGCAUUUAGGUGAACAAUUUGGAGUUGCUAAGUACUCUAGGUACUUUCCGGUCAUUUUUGUUGGAAGAACUAUUGACAGUAAAUCAGCUCUUGGGAGUGACAUGUCAGUCGAAGAGAAAAGGAACCUAAAUCAGGAGCUGAAGUCUCUGAAGAUGGAGGACAUAUCUUCAUUCAUGGAAUCCCUGCCUCCUGAAUUUUUCAUAAUAUUACGCACAGAUGGGCUACUGAGGUCUAUCAUGAGGAAGUUGGGUGCUUCACAGCGUGUCAGGUUGCUUGCUUAUGCCAAAUAUGCGUUUCAUGGUCUUUCUCCGCAUUUGAAUUCUGAGUCUGACUUUUCUAUACCAGCCAUGUUCUCUAAAUUGAAGACAAAUGUGAGGUACCUACGAUUGAGGCUUAUUCUAGGGUUGGCAGAGCUAUUUCCUUGGAUGACCAAGGUUAGGGAUUUUCUGUAUGUCUUGUGUGGAAGAGUAAUAGGCGCUUUAAGGGUUGGUUGCUGAUGUUGAUGGGAACUAAAUUCUUGCAAUUUGACAUAGAGCUACUACGAGAGUUGGCAUUGUUACACAAUAGACAAGGACAGGAGGUAGGAAUUGAAAUUGAAAUUGAAAGCCCUUAUUACAUAGAAGAAAAAAUUGUUUUACUUUUGAUCGAAGAAUUGGUCUUCAUGAUGUAAUAGUCAAAUGUAAUUACAGAAGUAGAAGGGAAAAAAAUAGUACUCUAUUUUGUCAAAGUUGAAUUAUUUAAUCAUGCUUAUUAAUACAAGUAUGGUCCCAACC